AUGAAUGAAUUAAUGGCUCUUCAUUUGGCUGCUCAAAAUGAAAAUUUUGAGACCAUAGAAUUUCUCCUUUCCCAUGGAUUAGACAUAAAUGUCAAAAACAGUAAGGGAGUUAAUGCUUUUAUUAAUGCUGCCAAAUAUGCCGGCAAAAAUGUAUUGGAGUUUCUUAUUUCACAUGGUAUAGAUGCCAAGGCAAGAACAAACAAUGGAGAUUGUGCUCUUCAUUCAGCUGCUGAAGGAGAUAAUCUUGAGGCUUGCAAAUAUCUUCUUUCACAAGGAUUUGAUAUUAAUACAUUAAAUGAAGAAGGAAAUACUCCCCUUUAUGUUGCCUAUAAAGCAGAUGCUGUUGAAGUGAUACCAUAUUUUGUGGAAAAUGGGGCAAAUACGGAUAUUAAAAAUUCCGAAGGCUUAGCUUGUGUGCAUUUGGCCACAGCACACUUGACAAGACUUAUGAAUAAAUUUUUCCAAAAGGAUGGAUGUAACCUUCAAGCUAAAUUAACUUUAGAAAAGCAAGACACUGAACCCAAUGAUGCAGAAACUGAAGAAAAUAAAGGAAGCAAAUCCUUUAUACAAUCACUCUUUAACAGGGAUGAAACAUAUCCUAGCAUCAAUCGAAAAUGCAAAUUAUGCUGA